CCCUCUCCUACUACUCCCUCUACCUCUCCCUCUCCUACUACUACUCCCUCUCCCUCUCCUACUACUCCCUCUACCUCUCCCUCUCCUACUACUACUCCCUCUCCCUCUCCUACUACUCCCUCUCCCUCUCCUACUACUCCCUCUACCUCUCCAUCUCCUACGACUACUCCCUCUACCUCUCCAUCUCCUACUACUACUCCCUCUCCCUCUCCUACUCCAUCUCCUACGACUACUCCCUCUACCUCUCCCUCUCCUACUACUACUCCAUCUCCCUCUCCUACUACUCCCUCUACCUCUCCAUCUCCUACUACUACUCCCUCUCCCUCUCCUACUACUCCCUCCCCCUCUCCCUCUCCUACUACUACUCCCUCUACCUCUCCCUCUCCUACUACUACUCCAUCUCCCUCUCCUACUACUCCCUCUACCUCUCCCUCUCCUACUACUACUCCAUCUCCCUCUCCUACUACUACUCCAUCUCCCUCUCCUACUACUCCCUCUACCUCUCCAUCUCCUACUACUACUCCAUCUCCCUCUCCUACUACUCCCUCUACCUCUCCCUCUCCUACUACUACUCCAUCUCCCUCUCCUACUACUCCCUCCCCCUCUCCCUCUCCCUCUCCUACUCCCUCUCCCUCCCCCUCUCCCUCUCCCUCUCCUACUACGACUCCCUCUCCUACUCCCUCUCCCUCUCCUACUACUACUCCCUCUACCUCUCCCUCUCUUACUACUACUCGCUCUCCCUCUCCUACUACUCCCUCUACCUCUGCCACUCCUACUACUACUCCCUCUACCUCUCCCUCUCCUACUACGACUCCCUCUCCUACUCCCGCCCCCUCUCCCUCUCCCACUACUACUCCCUCUCCCACUCCCUCUCCCUCUCCUACUCCUACUCCUACUCCUACUCCUACUCCUACUCCCUCUCCCUCUCCCUCUCCCUCUCCUAUUCCCUCUCCCUCUCCCUCUCCCUCUACCUCUCCCUCUCCUACUACUACUCCCUCUCCCUCUCCCUCUCCUACUACUACUCCCUCUCCCUUUCCCUCUCCUACAACUACUCCCUCUCCCUCUCCCUCUCCCUCUCCUACAACUACUCCCUCUCCCUCUCCCUCUCCUACUACUACUCCCUCUCCCUCUCCCUCUCCCUCUCCUACUCCUACUCCUACUCCCACUCCUACUACUACUCCUACUCAUACUCCCUCUCCCUCUCCCUCUCCCUCUACUUCUACUUCUCCCUCUCCUACUACUACUCCCUCUCCCUCUCCUACUACUACUCCCUCUCCCUCUCCCUCUCCCUCUCCUACUCCUACUCCUACUCCCACUCCUACUACUACUCCUACUCAUACUCCCUCUCCCUCUCCCUCUCCCUCUCCUACUACUACUCCCUCUCCCUCUCCCUCUCCCUCUCCUACUCCUACUCCUACUCCCACUCCUACUACUACUCCUACUCAUACUCCCUCUCCCUCUGACUGUGCCUCAAAACCUAAUGUCUACUUGGCCCACCCCUCCACCCGGGACUGUGCCUCAAAACCUAAUGUCUACCUGGCCCACCCCUCCACCCGGGACUGUGCCUCAAAACCUAAUGUCUACCUGGCCCACCCCUCCACCCAGGACAGUGCCUCAAAAGCUAAUGUCUACUUGGCCCACCCCUCCACCUGGGACUGUGCCUCAAAAUCGAAUGUCUACCUGGCCCACCCCUCCACCCGGGACUUGAACAGAUUUUAUGACCAGCACGUCACACAGGAGCAACAGAGUAACGGACCCCCCACCCAGACCAGCGAGACACCCUCCCAGACCUGUAAGACCCCCUCCUGA